AUGGUUGGCAGCUACAGUAAGCUAGGUGAUCCUGCCCUGCUUGACAAGAUUGAUAGGCUCUUUUCUUGUAACGUGGGCGAAUAUAUCGACCUUCCACAGCUGGUUGUUGUGGGGGACCAGUCCAGUGGCAAAAGCUCCGUGCUGGAGGGUCUCACCAAGCUUCCCUUUCCCCGUGACAGCGGCCUCUGCACCAGAUUCGCAACUCAGAUCGUCUUCCGUCGCGCUCGUGCUAAGAGUAUUGGAGUUUCGAUCAUUCCCCAUGCCAAUUCAACCAUUGAACAUGCUGAGAGAGUGAAAGAAUGGAAAACAGCCCUUGAAGUUCUGGAUAGUGAUUCAUUUGGACGUGUGAUGAAGGAGGUUCACGAUGUAAUGAAUCUGUCCGACAAGCAAAAUGGAGCCAAUGGCGCCCAGCGCACCUUCUCCCGAGAUGUUCUCCGGUUGGAGAUAGCUGGCCCGGAUGAGGAUCAUCUGAGUAUUAUAGAUGUUCCCGGAAUAUUCAAGAGCACAACUGAAGGAUUGACAACAAAGGAGGAUAUUGUGCUGGUUCGAGAUAUGGUAUAUGGCUAUAUGCAGAAUCCGAGGUCUAUCAUGCUGAUGGUUGUUCCGGCGAACGUUGAUAUUGCCACUCAAGAGAUUGUGGAGAUGGCUAAGGAGCUGGAUCCAGAGGCCCAAAGAACGCUGGGUGUCCUCACAAAGCCAGACUUGGUGGAUAAGGGCGCGGAGGGAGCGGUCGUACGUAUGGUCAACGGGAAAGAGCAAGGAUCAGGGGUCCAAUGGAGCGUGGUGCGUAACCCAGGACAGCAAGACCUUCAGAACCAGAACACUAGCAGGCAGGGAGAAUCGAAAUUUUUUAGUGAAGAGUCACCGUGGAAUUCCAUGCCAGCCGACCGAACCGGGAUAGACGCGCUGCGUGACCGGUUACAAGAAGUUCACACCGCCCACACGCGACGUGAGUUCCCGAAGGUCAAAAUUGAGCUUACAAAAAGACUUCAAGUUCAAAGGAAGACUCUUGAGGCCCUAGGAGACGAUCGAACUUCCCCCGAGAAGCAGACAAGGUUUUUGAUUGACAUAGCAACCAAAUAUCAAGCUCUUGUAUCCCAGGCGUUGAGUUCUGAUUACGGGUCUGAGACUAUAUUCUAUCAGCACGAUGAACUCCGCGUCGCGACAGCAGUGAUGCAGAGGGCAGACACCUUUUCUGACCAUAUGGAGAACUGGGGUCACCGAUUUUACUUUGCACCCAAAUCACUGGGGGAAACAUGCGAGCCUGAGGAUUCAGAUUUUGGUCUCCUGAGCCCACCCCCUGACGAUCUAACCUCCCAAGGAACGAAGUUGGCCAGGAAGAGCCAUACACUCAAUGUGCGGACAAAAGAGACUCCCGCAGAUUUGGAUGACAUUCUCUACUCUCCAGAGGAUGUUUCCAAACCUUUAGGGGGCAUUUCUGACUGGCUGAAGACAACAUACCAGGAAUCGCGGGGAUUUGAGUUGGGGACAUUCGGAUCUUCCCUUCUCCCCACCUUAGUGCACAAGCAAUCCGAGAAUUGGAAAGAUUUGGCGUUGGGGUUCGUCAGCGACACCAUCGCCAUGGUGCAUUGUUUUCUCGUGAAGCUUCUAAAGCAUCUCUGCCCCAAUGAACGUGUAGCUUCAGGUUUGUUGUCAGCGCUGUCUGACGACUUGGGCCGGCGAUACCGCAGAUCUCUCAAGCACGUCUCAUUUCUCCUGGAUGUGGAGACAAAAGAGAACCCCCUGACACUGAACCAUUACUUUAACGACAGCCUCCAGAAGUGCCGCCAGGAACGCAUGCACGCCGUUCUGUCCGAAAAGUCUUUUGCAGAUUGUAGGCAUGGAGAAGUGGUGAGGCUUGGGGACAUUGUGCAACACCACCCAAUGGGUAACGCCAACCAUACGCUGCAAGACAUCCAUGACAUCCUCAAAUCAUACUACAAGGUUGCUCGAAAACGUUUUGUGGAUAAUGUGUGGACGCAAGCUGUGAAUCACUUCCUUGUUGCCGGUCCGGACACGCCCCUUAAGCUCCUGACUGCAGCUUACAUUCUCAAUCUCACCCAGGAGCAGUUGGAGAGUAUUGCCGCCGAAGAUCCAAGAACGAAACGUCAGCGUGAACAGCUGAGGAAAGAGGUUGAUGAUCUAGACCGGGGAAGGAAGAUAUUGUUUUAA